CUGGCUCAAAUUAAGAUCCAACAUCUGCAGCAAUAUACCUCUCUCUAAUGUAUGUGGCUCUAUUGAGAUUCACUUUUGACCAUUUGACAUCUUGUAUUUCCUGUUGUUUAGGCUGGUUGAAUGAGCUGCCUGUGAAAGCUACUUCAUCUGCAAGAAAACAGGCGGCUGCACCAGUGACUGUCAGAAGUUUUGUGAUUUCCUCAUAUGAACGUGAAAGGGUCAGUGCUCUAAAAUGAGUCUCUCUGGGGAGAGAGAGGAGGGGGGCCCUGCCUCUAAAAUGAGUCUCUCUGGGGAGAGAGAGGAGGGGGCCCCUGCCUCCAAAAUGCAUCUCUCUGGGGGACAUGACACCAAAGCUAAGAGUCCAAUCAAGCAGGAGAGACCAGCCUCCCCUGUUCCCAGCUGUGUGUCCAUGAAGAGUGACCGGUCUAUGGAACCUCCUAUGAAGUUUAGAGGGGGAGACUUUUCUACUGAACAAAGUCUAAUCAAACAGGGGAAACCAGCCUCCCCUGUACCCAGCUGUGUGUCCAUGAAGAGUGACCAGUCUAUGGAUCCUCCCAUACUGUUUAGAGAGGGAGACUUUUCUACUGAACAAAGAUUCUCUAACCAAACUCUGAGAUCAGUCUCUCCAGUACCCAGUCAUCUGUCCAUGAAGAGUGACUCCUCUAUGCAUCAUCCUAUACAGUUUAAUAAUGGAUCAGGGACCUUUGACCCCAGUGGAUGGUCUACUCUGCCAGAGGAUCAGUCCAGGUGUGCAGUGUGCCAGCAGGUUCUGAGGGAUCCAGUCUCUAUCACCUGUGGACACAGGUUCUGCAGACAGUGCAUCACCAGAUACUGGGAGAAACCUGCUCCUUCAGGAGACUAUGACUGUCCUCAGUGUAGAAAGAGAUCCAGAACACUUCCUGUACUACAGCACCUGAGGGAACCUAAUGAUGCAAGAGGCUCUGAAAACAUGGAUGACAGCCUGCAGAGAGCUAUAGUAAACCAUAAAGACAGUCUGCAGAGAGCUAUAGUAAACCAUAAAGACAGUCUGAAAAGGAGGUAUGAAUGUGUGAUAGAAGGCAUGGAAACAGCAGGGAACCAAACUCCCCUCAACAGGAUUUACACAGAGCUCUACAUCACAGAAGGAGAGAGUGAAGGGGUUAACAAUGAACAUGAGGUGUGGCAGCUAGAGACAGCAUCCAGGACACCAACCUCACAUGACACAGCAAUCCACUGCAAUGACAUCUUUAAACCCUUACCUGGCCAAGAGAGAAGCAUCAGAACUGUGCUGACCAAGGGCAUCGCUGGCAUCGGAAAAACAGUCUCUGUGCAGACGUUCAUCCUAGACUGGGCUGAAGGGAAGGCAAACCAAGAUGUGGAGAUCAUAUUUGUGCUUCCUUUCCGGGAGCUGAACUUGAUCAAAGAUCUCCAGUACAGUCUUCUCAGGCUUUUAAAUGACUUCCACACAGAACUAGACAUAGGCAAUGCAAAGAAACUCACUGCCUGUAAAGCUAUGUUCAUCUUUGAUGGUUUGGAUGAAAGCAGACUUCCAUUAGAUUUCCAGCACAAUGAAAAGGUGUCUGAUGUCACCCAGACAUCAUCUGUUGAUGUUCUGCUGACAAACCUCAUCAAGGGGAAUCUGCUUCCCUCUGCUCUCCUAUGGAUAACCUCCCGACCUGCAGCAGCCAAUCAGAUCCCCCCUAAGUGUAUUGACCAGGUGACAGAGGUACGAGGGUUCAAUGACCCACAGAAGGAGGAGUACUUCAGGAAGAGAUUCAGUGAUGAUGACCUGGCCAGCAGAAUCAUCUCACACAUAAAGACAUCAAGGAGCCUCCACAUCAUGUGCCACAUGCCGGUGUUCUGUUGGAUUUCUGCAAUAGUCUUUGAACACAUGUUGAGUACAGACAAGAAGAGAGAGAUGCCCACGACUCUGACUGAGAUGUCCAUACACUUCCUGCUCAUUCAGACCAGCCUGAAGAACCAGAAGUAUCAUGGAAGAGAUGAGAUGGAUCAAGAGGAGCUCAUGGAGUCAGAUAAGGAAAUUCUUCUGAAGCUGGGGAGGCUGGCGUUUGAAAAUCUGGAGAAGGGUAAUCUCAUGUUCUAUGAAGAAGACCUGAAAGAGUGUGGCCUUGAUGUCAAAGAAGCCUCAGUGUACUCAGGAGUGUGCACACAAAUCUUUAAAGAAGAGUCUGUGUUAUUUCAGAGAGUGGUGUACUGCUUUGUUCAUCUCAGCAUUCAGGAGUUUCUCUCAGCUGUCUACAUGUACCAUUGUUACACAACCAGGAACAUGGAUGCACUGAAGCCCUUCCUCAAGAGAAAGUCUAGAGGUGCGUCUGAAGAGCUAACCUUGCAUGAGCUGCUGAAGAGUACCGUGGAUAAAGCCUUGGAGAGUAAGAAUGGACACCUGGACCUUUUUGUCCGCUUCCUUCAUGGCAUGUCACUGGAGUCCAAUCAGAAACUCCUACGAGGUCUGGUGGCACAGACAGAAAGCAGUCCGGAGAGCGUCCAGAAAACAAUCCGAUCCCUUAAGGUGAUGCAAAGGAAGAACAUGUCCCCUGAGAGGUGCAUCAAUCUCUUCCACUGUCUGAUAGAGAUGAAAGACCAUUCAGUACAGAAGUUCAUCGAAGUGUACUUGAGGUCAGAAAAGAGAUCCAAAAACCUCACACAUGCUCAGUGUUCAGCGCUGGCCUACAUGCUGCAGAUAUCAGAGGAGGUUCUGGAUGUGUUUAACCCAAAGGAAUACAAGACAUCAGAGGAGGGUCGUAGGAGACUGGUCCCAGCUGUGAGAGGCUGCAGGAAAGCUCUGUAA